AGCUCCCUUUACCCUUUUCACCACUUCUUGUAGGAUCUUGGGAUCGUGGAGCUUCCGGACCUGAUGCGGGCACCCGGUCGUGGACUGUCUCACCCUGCUUCUCUACUGCUCGGGGUGAUCCCGCGCCCAGACUGGUAUCCGGGGACUGUGACUUGCAGGGUCCGCCAUGGAGCCAGAGCAGAUGCUGGAGGGACAGACGCAGGUUUCAGAAAAUCCUCACUCUGAGUACGGUCUCACGGAUAAUGUCGAGAGGAUAGUAGAAAAUGAGAAGAUUAAUGCAGAAAAGUCAUCAAAACAGAAAGUGGAUCUCCAGUCUUUGCCAACUCGUGCCUACCUGGACCAGACUGUUGUGCCUAUCUUAUUACAAGGACUUGCUGUGCUUGCAAAGGAAAGACCACCAAAUCCCAUUGAAUUUCUAGCAUCAUAUCUUUUAAAAAACAAGGCACAGUUUGAAGAUCGAAACUGACCUACUGGGAAGAACAGAAAUAUUUGGUUUCUACUAUAGAUUUACAUGAUUAAGAGGCAGCUUUAAUUGCCAUGAUUUCUCCCCUCCCCCAACCAUUUUGAAAGUAUAAGAACCUUCAGGGUAACAACUUGUUACUGGAGUUGCAGAAGAAAACCUAUUUCCCUUAUUUUGAUUUAAUCACCAUACUUAUUUAAUGAGUGUAUUAUGUGCAAUUUUUUCUCAGAUUGUCUUUAACUUUGUUUUUAAAAUGACCUUCAAAAUAAACUG